GCACUUCAGGGCGGGAGAAGGUUCCCUCUGCGCCGCGUGGUUGUCGUGGUUUCCAUUGGCUCAGACCAACCCAAGACCACUUGGUUUGAGUACGUGCGGCUAGCUGGACCCAUCCCCUGUCUGAUGCAUGUACGGUUUAUACGUGAUACAUCUCUGUCACAACUAACCACGCAAACGCAGCCCUGCCCCAAGACGGUCCUAUUCCUCCGGACAGCCAAACCCAAUUAAGAUAGAUCUGCGCGAUCAAUGGACUUCGCGCACACUUCGCCAUCCUGAUACCUACAGAAGGGGCCUGUCGUAUUCCGGGCCGCGUUUGUGUUGACUAUUCAAAACGCCAGUCAGCGAUUUCUUCUCUCUCUCUCUCUCUCUCUUCUAGCCUAUCUGCAUCGCAGGUUCAUUUCACGCGGGAUUAUUUUUCUGUCAGCUCCAUCGAGCGCGCGGACCCGCCCUAGGCGUCGUCAGCCCAUCUGAUUGAAGCGAUCAGAGGUUUUUUAACGCCCUUUCUUUAUUAUGAAGUCCAGAGGAAAGGGAGCGUGUCAGUGAGUGUGUGAUGAUGAAGCGGAAGCGUCGCUGAUGAAACCCCUCUUUCGCUACCGAUAUCGACUAGUCCGGCCGUACGCAGGGAACACUACGCAAUCUGCCCGUCUACAAACCCUUAUAGUAGCCCUGUGAGCAGCUGCCACUACCAGUGAGGCACCCGCUCCACGAUGAUACAGCCGUCUUGGCUCGCCUUCUACAUCCUGGCUUUCCGGGCAUUAAAAGGUUCAGGAGCGCAAGGGAACGGCGGGACACCGAGAACAGUCACCGCCGUGGUCGGGGAAUCGGUGACCUUACCCGCCGCCUUUUCUACCCGAGAAAACAUACUGUCCGUCACGUGGAGCAAAGUGAACACUGAUCAGUCAACAGUGCAACAAAGAGAACCCGUAUUUGUCUUUUCAAAUGGGAACUCGAAGUCGCACGGAGCGUACAAAGACAGAGUGCUUCUCUCGGGGAAGGUAUCAUUACGCAUUGCGAACAUAAGAGUCCAGGAUGACGGCAUGUACGUGUUGAAUGUCAUGACAGAAGACCUGGAGACGGGAGAGGAGUAUGUCCGCUUGAUCGUGAUGGUGCCUCCAGUGGUGAAGGUCGGACCGUCCAGCCCAGUGGUUAGCAGCUGGGGGAAGUCAGUGACAUUCAAGUGCACAAUAAGCGAGGCCCGGCCCAAUAUCUCCGCCUUACAUUGGGAAAAAGACGGCAUUCCCGUCCAGAGCAUCGGCGUGAGCUCCAAGUACUCCGGAGGAACCCUCUCGUCGCCAUCUUUAACCGUACGUCACGUGACCAGAGCAGACACGGGCAGUUACACAUGCGUGGUAAAUCACGUGGUCAGACCAGUCACGUCCAGUGUACAGCUAAAAGUCCUAUAUCCAGCAUCUAUAAUAAGCAUAUCAGACGCAAUCGCCGUGACUGUUUCCGACCGGGUGACUCUACAAUGUGUAGCAGACGGCAACCCUCCCCCCAACAUCACAUGGACCAAAAAUGGAGUCUUACUGCCCUCCGUAGCCCACACGUUAUCUAAUGACGUCCGCGCCUCAUCCGUGACGCUCAAAAGGGUGAGGAUGAACAACACCGGCGCUUACGUCUGUGCGGCAAGUAACGGCGUGGGGAAGGCCGACUCUAAAGCUGUGCAACUCAGCGUCACACCUGACAAGGACGCGAGAGACUCGUCCAACAUCGUGGUGAUAGUGGGAACGGUGGCCGGUGCGCUCUGGUUCCUCAUAGGCGUGGUCCUGAUCCUGUUGCUAUGGAAACGGCGGCGAGACAGGAGAGACAAAGAGCGGUUUGCCUUCUACUACAACAUGGGCCGGCGGGAGCCCGGGGCGCCUGAUGACAAAACGGACUUCCCCACCAUACCAGUCAAACCACGUGAGGGUACCCUGACAGGAAACGCCGGCAUCCCAACCAUGAGAAGAGCGGCCGAUAAAAGAGGGAGGCGAUACGCCAGGGUCAUGUACCCGUAUCUAGCGCAGGAAGGAAACGAGCUCUGCCUUGAGGUGGGCGAUGUCAUAGAGGUCCUGGAAGGGGACAGCGGAGGGUGGUGCCUUGGCUAUCUGAGUGGCGACGUGGGACUCUUCCCCUCCAAUUAUGUCAAGUUCCUCUCAUCAAAUGAGGCCGUCAAAAUGGAGGAGUGUGACGGAAAACCACCAUCCAAGAGGACUAAAUAGGGCGGGAGAGGAGAUGGUUUGACUCGUAAGGUCAACGGGGGACAGCUUUCUUCUGAUUCAGUGCUUCCGACGAAAUCUCGCGAGAGUUGAUGACGUCGUGCGAUGAGCGUGACUUGAGAGGACUGUGAAGGCCAGCUUUGAAGUAUGUCUAAGCUCUAAAAGAACGAAAGCGUUGGGUAUUUUCGGUAGAAUCCAUACAAACUGCCAAAUACACAGACAGUAAGUCGUUUAAAAAUGCACCAACGUCCCUUUAUGUACAUGAGUACAAAAGAAGUCCAUGAUUUUCGUACCAUGUGCAUACCCGGUGAUUGGCAUUGCACAGGAACCCGUCACGAACAGACACAGUACGUGGUACACGAUGGUGAUAAAACAUAAAUAAUAUCAGAUUCUACAUAUAUUUGACCAAAGUGAUCUGCUCAACAAACGUUUUUGCCAGUUUGGUCAGAACCAAACACCGUCGUAUUCGUGAAUGGAAAGAGCCUUACUUGCUUACAUUUGAGUAUUGUGAUACUAGCAAUGUGCAAUAUAAUUCAUAAAAAACUAGGAUCCUAUGACACUGCAUAUCACCCUUUAUAGAUAUGGAUGACUUGAAGUACUUCACUUUGGGAUAUCUUUUUUUACAUGUAUACACAAACAUUCACGAUAUAGUUGAAUAAGGAGGGAUUUCUUAACUUCUACCACUUAACGUUAUUGCAUGCUUUCUGUGUAUCCGCGACCUCUUUUACAUAGGCAGGCAAUACAAAUGUAUCAAGGAUAUCUGCGUACAUCUAAUGAGCUUUCACUAUCUGGUGAAAGGCCCUUGGAUGUAUGUAUAUUCCUGUGUUUGGCAAUAACUGUUCUCCCCGAUAUUGGUGUUGCAAAGAAAAGAUUACGACGGCAUUCGUCAGUUGCACUGACAGAAGAUAUGAAUGACAAGUUGAGAAAUAUAAGAGUGUACAUAUUGUUAUCAAGCGCAAUCAGAUAAUGUUUAAAUUGUGUGAAUGUUUGUUUCAGAGGGAUGAUAUUUUGUGUCUAUCUAAAUGUAUGCCUGGCUGUGAUCUAUGACAGAUGACGUCUUUACGUAUGAAUUAUAUGUUCGAAAAUAAAAU